AUGUAUUGGACCAUUAAGAGUGUGUAUGUAGUGUGUAUGUGUGCGAUAGCAAGGACUCAGGUAAUACCGGGAAAAGCUCGUGUCAGUGAUGGAGAUUAUAACAAUGUGAAUCCUGAUGGAUCCUUUGAUUUUGGGUACGCAAACAAAGACCGGGGGGCAAGCUACCAUUUAGCACAUGGCAACACCAACGGACUUGUCGGAGGAAGGUUCGGAGCCAAGGAACCUGGCACAGAUGUUGUAAAAGAGACUGUAUAUACGGCGGGGCCUAGAGGCUUUCGUGCAAAGGGUCCUAAUAUCCACCGAAAAAUGGAUCUAGAUCAGCGGCCUCGAGGGAAUAUUGGUAAUAAAGACGACCCUUACUUUGACCCCAGCGAGGAUCCUAGCUACUCUUUCAAAAUUGACACACGGACAUAUACAAAAAAUGAGAAUGCCGACAGUAGAGGGGAUGUGACAGGUCACUAUUCAUUCGUCGACGAUGUGGGAGAACGGCACGAGGUGUCAUACAUUGCGGGGCGUGACACAGGGUUCCAUGUGUCGUCAGCACAUCCUGAUAACCCUGGUAUUAUUGGAUCCCCAUUUCAUAGAGUUCCAUUAGUGAGAGGAGAGAAGAAGGCUAGAGGUAGGACCGCAGUUCAAAGAGGAAGAGAUGGAUCAUAUCGGUUCAUAUCAGCUGGCCCCGACCAGAGGAGGACAGAAAGUAGUGACUCAGCGGGUAAUGUCAGAGGAUCAUACACUUUCCUUGAUGACAAAGGUGUUCAAAGGACGGUAAACUAUAUAGCCGGACCUGGUAUCGGAUACCGUAUCGUCAAGAACAGCAACGAUCCUUAUAUCCCACCGUAUUUCCCGACCCUGCCGAGUCCUUACGACCCUGAGUUUGUCAACGCUGGUUCCAAAUAUGGCACAGGAAAACCACCAAUUCCUUCAGCAGAGGAUGUAUUCAAAGGACCCGAUGGCACAGCCGCGUCAGGUCACGUAAAACCUCCUCCAUUCCCCACAAGCGAGCCAGAAAGACCAAGCAACAAUGUUCCUUCGCCAGCCCAAGCCCCUCCCGAGACUAGCAACGAGGAUGCAAGCGAUACCCCCUACAAUCCACCCCCAAGCUUCGAGCAAAGCCCUCCUGUUGAAGACGUAGGCUACGUUGAUGAAGAUUCUGGACCUCCGGGAUCGUUUGGACCCCCACAACCGACAAAAGGACCAGGCAAACCCAGCCGUCCACCCAGCACGCCUAAUAGGCCGGCGAAGAAACCGUAUGUGCCGCUAAAACCUUUCCAGACACCGCAUGACAUUAGCAAUCACAACAAUCACGACAGUCACGAAAGCCACGACAGUCACAGUAGUGAUGACGAAGGCCCUAACAGUAAUACUCCACAAUAUGCUGUAGGCUUUAACAUAAACCGAAAUAGGCCUGGUAUUACUAUCAUUAGAAAUAUAGGCGAAGACUUCUUCGGUGUACCACCUGGGGUCUCCGUAAGAGCACAUGUUCAAAGUAUAGAUUUAUAUCCUUUCGGGUCUAGGCCCAUUUCUCCCUCAGAAGCCUUACAAAACGAUCAAACAUAA